ACCCAGCCCACUCUCUCUCCUCGGUUUCUCUCUCUCGCGACAGAAUUCUCUCGCUCUGGGGCGCCGCUUCUCCUUCUCCGGCGAUCCCCGCCGUCGGCCACCACUACCACCGCUACUCCCAUCUGUCUCGGCUCUCUUUUCUCCAAGAAAAGGGGAAAACCCCAAAGAAAUACCUAAUAUUUCCCCCUCCUUUCUCUCUCUCCUUCUCGGCCGCCAGACAGAAGCGCCGCACCACGCGCAUUUCUCGUUCUCUUACUCCCUCUCGCCGGCCGCUACCAUCUCUCCCUCAGUAGCUCAGAGACGCCGCCGUCGGCCCCAUACCCCUGAUCCAGUGGUAAUAGCAGCAACCGCCCCUUUAUCACGGCCGAACAGCAGCGUGGCCGCCGCCGCCGUCUGCCCCUUUUCACCCGGCGAUCUUUCCCUCGCCCUCGCUUCACAACAACAUCGUGCCCUCAAAUUCUCCGCUAGACUCCGGGCUCAGGUGACUCACGGCUACAAUAUUGAAGCUCAGCAAAAUUUAAGGUUCUAUACUUCAUAUUCUGUGUAUCGAAGACUCUCAUGUUAAUAUACGGUUUAACUGUCUGUUCCUUAUUCAGUAGAUUCAUUUAGCCAAUUAGAAAUUUUGAGUUGGUUUUGUCUGUGAUGAUUUUAGUACUGCAGAAUUUUAUUCGUAUUUCUGUUUGUUGGUUUCGUGUGUCAUCAAGAUUUAUCAGAUAACUAGGUAGUAGUAGAUUAAAGAGUAGUUAACAGUGUAGAUGAUGAGGAGCUACGAAGUCAAAGGUGUAACCUUGGUGUCUCUGCUUUGUUUGAGUUUUCUGCAAAUACAUAGUACUCCUAUGAAUGAUGUUUAAAGUUUGAUUUGAUGAAAAAGACAAAAAGAAAGUGUAAAAUAGAGGCAGAACCUAUUUGAGUAAAUCGUUCUUUCACUGCUUUGUUUGUUGCCUUGUGGAAGAAAUUGGAAUGAGAUAAAUUUGUGGUGUUUUUGGAGAAAAUGACCCGAAUGAUCGGAGGAAAGGAGGAUGACUGGUGUGAAGGAUGUUUCUGCAGUAAAUAAUGCGGGAAAAGGAGUGGAAAUUUAUAGAAGAGGUUAAGGAGUAGAUUGAAGUGAUGGUUUCUGCUAGUGAAAGCUGUUAAUUUCUGAAAUGGGCUGUUAUGUGUAGGGUUUGCCACAAUAGGACAUGACAAAUGCUUGCCAUUUCAACUUUUUUAAGGCUAUAAAUUCUGCAAGAGCAUCAGUGCAAUCACUAACUUCUUGUGGCAUUACUGCGUAUUUGUCCAAGUGCUUGUCAAGACAGAUUCACAUGGAGGGUAUUAAGAAAAGUGAUUCAAGGGGUGCAUUAAUUGUUUUAGAAGGUUUGGAUCGGUGUGGAAAGACCUCACAGUGCAGCAGAUUGCUUUCUUCCCUAGAAAAGUCAGGUCAUGCAGUUGAAUCAUGGAGAUUUCCUGAUAGAAACACUGGUGUUGGACAAAUGAUAUCAUCUUAUCUUACCAACGAUUCUCAUUUGGACGAUCGUGCAAUCCAUCUACUCUUCAGUGCAAAUCGCUGGGAGAAGAGAUCGCUGAUGGAGUCUAAGCUGAGGAGUGGAACCACACUUAUUGUUGAUCGCUAUUCUUUUUCUGGGGUUGCUUUCUCAUCUGCCAAAGGACUUGAUAUAGAGUGGUGCAAGGCUCCUGAGAUAGGAUUGCUUGCUCCAGACCUAGUUGUAUACCUUGAAAUAUCACCAGAGCAAGCUGCUGAAAGAGGAGGUUAUGGAGGUGAGAGGUAUGAGAAGCUCGAGUUUCAGAAAAGAGUGGCUGAAUCAUACAAGACACUACGUGAUGCCACAUGGAAGAUAAUCGAUGCUAGCCUCCCAAUUGAAGAUAUUGAGAAACAGCUGAGGGAGAUUGUUAUGGAAUGUGUUCUGACAUGCGAAAAAGGGAAGUCUUUUUCAGAGCUGUGGCCAAAUUAGAUGUUUUUUGAUGGAGUUAAAUUUAUUGAUCAAAUAGUUUUGGGUAAUGGCUACUUGAUAUCACUCUGUUUUUUACCAGAAGAUUAUUUUGAGUAUGAUCUUUACAUGUCCAGAAUUGUGGGUUAGUUUACCUUUCUUGAAUUGGUGAGUAUUUUCAAAAUUUGUAUCUCAACUUUUUUUUCUAUAAAAGCCGCAGUGCAUUCCAUUC